GGACUGUGUCCUUUUCUCUCAGUGCUGGAGCGGUCCUGCUAGAGCUCGCUUAAUAUAUUUCUUUUUGUACAUUUUUGGGAGAUUUUAUUUCAUCUCGUUAGUCACGAUGCUGAGCACGGUCAGCCGGCAACUCAGAAGCCACCCUGCCUUGAUCCCACUGUUUAUUUUCAUUGGCGGUGGAUGCACCAUGUCUCUGACAUAUCUGGCUCGCCUGGCCUUGCGUAACCCAGAUGUCUGCUGGGACAGAAAGAACAACCCAGAGCCCUGGAAUAAACUGGGGCCCAAUGAUCAGUACAAGUUCUACGCAGUGAGCACGGACUACAGCAAGCUGAAGAAGGACCGUCCUGACUUCUAAACGAAUCCACGGAAUCCAGAAGCCCAGAACUUGUCUUUGCUUUCCUGGAUCCCUUUUUAACAUCUAUGAUGUCUUGUAUUUUCUCUCAAGUCUUUGUAGUCAGAAACAAUUAAUAAAGGGUUUUCUCCCACAUACAG